AAGACACAAAAAUGUCGGAAGAAUUUCCAGAAAAUGAAGACGAGUUAGCCAAUUUAAAUCAGGUUUAAACAUCUGUUUUAUUUAGUCGGUAUAUAAUGCAAGCACAUUAGUGUUGGUAAAGGGAGUAAGCCUUGCACGAAUCAACUUUUUAUUAAUGAGGUAUAUUUCGGACGGAUUAUUUCGGACUGGUGUUGUUAAUAGCCACAAUAAUGUGCGUUUAGAGAUUUUUCCAACAUGUGGAUAUUUAUUUUGUUCCCUUAACAAACAAAAAUCGCCAAAGGCUGAAGCGAGUGUUAAACAAAAAUCGUCAAAGACUGAAGCGAGUGUUUAAAUGGACUAGUAUCAUAGGCGGAUCCAGGGGGGGGGGGGCGUGCCCCCCCCCUAAAAUUUUCCAAUUUCCAAGUGUUAUCAACCUUAACGUUGGAGGUCGGAAGUUCGCGACGCGCCUGCGCACGCUUAAGCGCUUCCCAGAUUCGAUGCUGGCGGCCAUGUUCAGCGGACGGCACGCGGUUGAGAGGGACUGUGACAAUUGUUUCUUCAUUGACAGGGACGGUACAUACUUUGAGCACAUACUUAAUUUUCUUCGAGACGACACCAUGCCACCUGUUAACGUUAGUCAGGUGGUAUUGACAGAGGCUCUGUAUUACGGAAUCGACGAUUUGGUCGACAUUCUCAAAUCUUCACCGGCGUUAUUUGCUGAAUUUGUGGUUCGUGAUAAUAUUCGUAAAAAGCUGGUUUGCUAUAACUAUGUUAAAGAAGAACUUGUGCGCCUUGCUCGCUUGGAAGCGGAGGAGGAUGAAACCAUUGUCUCAAAAGUCAGAUUAGUGACUACGAAAAACCAGCCUAUCCCGAGGGACCUUCAGUUUUCGAAACAAGCAUAUAAGCAGUACUACCGUAAGUUUAAGACAUACGACAGCUUUGAAAAGUGUUACGGCAAGUACUACGUGCAUAUCCCGUGUGAGGACGUGGUUGGCCACCCCGAUGACGUCAUGGGUCAGGUGGCCGCGUGCAUUCAGCACGACCUUGCCACUUCUGGUUACCGAUGCGGCCACCGGAACGAGGGUUCUUAUGAUGACCACAAGAUACGGACAGUCACGUGGUGUGAUGAAGAGUUCCACGUGUGCAUGAGCUGCCACCUAUUUGACUUUGACUGGCUCGCUAUUGACGCCACAUAAACACACCACAUUAUACGACAGUAUCGUUAGUUAUAAUGCCGAAUAUUCCUGCUGACGUUAAUAAGUUCGGACGAUAUAAUGUCGAUACACAAUGCAAGUAGUUCAUUUACAGUAUACAUGUAUGUCAUUUGAAUAGUGCAAUAGAUAUCUUUUUUAAAUGUAUGAACACAGUGGUACCUUAUGGUGUCUUUUUUAAAUAGAGUUUUCAUGUUUUACUGUUUAUUAUUUAUAAUAAUUUAAAAUGACA